AUGGUGUCGCCGGCGAUCGCCCUGGCCUUCCUCCCCUUCCUCCUCACCCUGCUGAUCCGCUACCGGCACUACCUGCUGCUGCUGUACCGGGCGGUGCUGGUGGGCUGGCUGCGGGACCGGCUCACCGGCGUCCCGCGGGAGCAGCGCGCCUUCCAGUACCUGCUGGCCCACGCCAUCCCCGGGGACCCCCGCCACGUCCUGCAGACCUUCGACCAGUGGUGCUACCGCUGCGAGCACCUCAGCAGCGUGGGGCCCGUCAAAGGGAGGAUUGUGGAGCGGCUGCUGUACGAGCGGGCGCCCCUGCGGGUGCUGGAGCUGGGCACCUACUGCGGCUACGGCACGGUGCUGCUGGCGCAGGGGCUGCCGCCGGGCGCCCGACUCUACACGGUGGAGGCAGACCCCCGCCACGCCGCCGUGGCCGAGAAGGUCAUCCGCCUGGCCGGCUUCGACGAGCAGACGGUGGAGCUGAUCGUGGGCCCCUCGGAGGAGGUGAUCCCCCAGCUGAGGGAGAGGCAGGGCCUGCUGAAGGCCGACUUCGUCUUCAUGGAUCACGGGAAGCGCUGCUACCUGCGGGACCUGCAGCUGCUGGAGACCCACCGGCUGCUGGCCGAGGGGGCCACCGUCCUGGCCGACAACGUCCUCUUCCCCGGGGCCCCCCACUUCCUGCAGUACGCCAAAACCUGCGGCAAAUACCGCUGCAAGGUGCACCGCGCCAGCCUGGAGUACUUCCGCGCCAUCCCCGACGGCGUCGCCGAGCUCUGCUACACCGGGGACCGCUGA